AUGGCUCCCGCCGCGCCCAGACGCAGAAAGGCCAUCGGCCUACGUCGCAGAGUUGAGGACGAGGGUGAAGAGGAGGGCCCCGACGCCUUGGACCUCGAAGACGACUCGGUGACAGAAGGCUCCAUCGCAAGCGAUGACCACGACCUCGCUGGUAACGACAGUGACACUAGCAAUGUCGAUGAGGUUUCACCCUCCUCCCCCAAACUCCACAAGCACGUCGGCAAUGGCGCCGCGAAAGCUGGAACGAGGCGCCGCGCGAGCGAUACACCCGUCGUCGUCGCCAAGUCUGACGAGAAGCCAACCGUGACGGAUACGGAAAUCAUGCUACAUGGACUGUCACUAGCCGACAAGGAUGGCGGGGUUGAAGAAGUCGACUUCGAUGAAAGUAAGCAUGAUGAGGACGCUGAGAAGGGCCCUGCUGCUAAGGAUUCCGCCGCGCCUGUCGUCGUGAGCUCGAACUCUGUCGCAAAGCAGUCGCGCCUCCCCCCACACGAGAAACGCCGGUCGGAACAUGAAGAAUACCGGCGGAAGAGGGACGAAGACCCAGCCUUUGUGCCCAACCGGGGUGCUUUCUUCUUACACGAUCAUCGACAUGCUGGGCCUGCUACGAACGGCUUCCGCCCAUUUACUCGACCGGGCCGUGGAAGGGGUGGUGGGCGAGGUGGUGGGCUUGCGGGCCCCUUCACUCCUGCAAUCCCUCCUAACAACCCCUCCGAUCCCACGACGAGCGGCCCUUGGGCGCACGAUUUGCACGAAGAGGUCGCCGCACCUCGUCCGCAACGACAGCAGCCACCCAGGUAUAUGCCUGAUAAUGAAGGCCCUCCGAACGGCAACGGCGUCAUACACAACGCGCCACUGAGCAACACCCAUAUCAACCGGGCCAUGUCCUGCGUCAAGACCCUUGGCAACGUGACUGUCCGGGUCUUCCUCCCCAACAUUGGCCUUGGUCCUAAAACCUUCCCUGGCAUAGCCUUGAAGCAGUACACAAAACUUCCCGAUCAUCGUCCGCCUCUACGAAGGGAUAAGCCCGUCAGAGUCUCCAUACCAUACCACAAUUUCCCUGUGAUGCCUCGCUAUAUAUUCCCGGCCAGCGAUAGAUCAUUUAUCUUCAUCCCGCGGGCCUUGCGCCCGAACAACCAGCGCGGCCGCGGCAAGGGGCCGCGUUCUGUUUACGGCUCCAUUGGGGGGUUCUCUCGCAGGACUAGUGUGUUUGGUGGAAGCUACUACGGCAGCGCCUAUUCACCUAGCAUUGCUAUGAGCCGACGAUCCUCGAUUGGCAGGGACUUUAUGAUGUCGCCGACAGGCUCUGUAAUCUCCCGCCCCCCUCUCCCCGUCGACGCCAACAGACCUGUUGUCCGUCUGCCACCGUAUGCACAGCAGCAACCAACGAUGGCCGCAAACCAAAGUAUGCCUAUGAUGGAGCCGUCUAUCAACAACCUCCCACAGCCGCAAACUUAUCCUCUUCCCCAAAAGCCUGCUUUCCAGGAUAACAAUGGAAACGCAAUUCCCAUGCACCAACCGCGUCCGCAGAAGUCCGUGUCGGUUGAGAACAUCGAGGCGCCAGCGCAACCAUCGGCCGGUACACCUCCAGCUUAUCAACAAGCUUUCCAUCAGCAAGUUCCUCCUCAGUUGGAGUCGCAUGCUCGCAACCCAUCAUAUCAGUCCCAAGUUUCGACAACUCCACUUUCGCAAAUUCCCGAGCGAGCUAUCCAUGCCGCUCCGUUCCAGCCCAACAACUUCUCACAGCCUGGCUUCUAUGCCCAACCAGUGCAGAUGAUGCCUCCUCAGCAGGGAUACUACUAUCCUCAGGCAAUGGGCGCCGAUAUGCAGCCAAAUGCAGCGGCGCCUGCUUUUAUUCCAGGUGGAGUUCAGAUGUCUCCGGCUAUGGCAUACACAACAGCUGGGCCAGUUGACCCAGUAGCAGCCGCAAAUGCUCAGGCUGCUGGGCAGAACGGCGGCCAGCAAGGUCCGGUUGCCCAAGAAAUCAAUGGCAUGGUGUACUACUACGAUCCGAACACGCUUCCUGCCAUGGUCACAUACCCUCAGUAUCCAGCUACAGGGCCGACGUAUGGAGCCCCUAUGGGCGGUAUGAUGGUUCCUGGACCGGAUGCAUUCUAUUAUCAACAGCCGGUUCAACCGGGGAUGGUUUACUAUGCCCAAUAG